AUGUCGAUCAAGCAACUCACUGCCGACGGAUAUGAUGGCUACCAAGAGACGAUCAAGUCGUUGAAGGGCCAGAAGAUCAUCGCCCUUUUCACUGGCAGCAAAUCCCUGAGUACCGGGAAGAGUUGGUGCCCGGACUGUGUGGAAGGUUUCUACUAGGGGAAACUUUAAUUUUUUUUCAAAGAUUUUUUUAAAGACAAAAUUAGAAAAUUGUCAUUAAUAGUCUUCUUUUAGUCUUUUUGCUUUUCAUGUGCAACUUCGAAAAAUUUGACAAAAAAGUUGCAGCUGAGCCUGUCGUCGAGAAAUUCGUGAAGAACCUGAAAACCGACGAGGAUCUGGUGUUCAUCACCUGCUUCGUCGGCAACCGCGACACCUGGAAAUCGUCCGAUUCGCCGUUUCGAACUGACCCGAAUCUGAAGCUCACCUCCAUUCCGACGCUGCUCAACGUCAACAAGAAGGUUAUUUUCGUAGAAAUCGAUAUUAAGAGCUCCAAAGUGGUCCCUAGAGGGGAGUCCUUAGGAGUCCUUGAAGGUUCCUCUUUAGGGUUCACUUUACCAAUCCCCAGCGAGGGCACUAAAUAUUGAAAAAGUGGCCCCUAUAGGAGACAUUUUGGGUAUGAACUCCACGAGAAGAAGCAUCGUCAAAUCAAAAAAAAAAAAUUAAAGAGCACUGUAGGGACCUCUUACGCUUCAGGGGGCUAGAAAUCAGACUCCAAAUCCCUAUGGGGGCCACUUAAAUUUUGCCCCUAUAGAGACGACUCAUCCUAGGUUGCGGGGCCGUGAAAAAAGUUUUUUUCUCAGAGAUUCCAACGAGUAGGUACCUUCAAAAGAAUAUGGUCACUAAAAAUUAUAGAUCCGAAAAAGAGUUGGUAAAAUCAUUUUUGUGGAAUAUCUGAAUGGGGUUCCAAUGGUUCUUUUGGGAAGUUCUCAAGGAGGAAUAUACUUUGAUCGGGAACGAAGUAAUUUUUCGCGUUAAACGCUUUCACCGUUUCAAAUAGUUUUUCUUAUCAAGGGAUUAUGUUUUUGUUUCACUAAGUUGAAAAUGGUAAACUAUAAAAAACCAGUUGUUGUUGGAGCAAACAUAUCAUUAGAAAAAAAUUUUUUUAUAGUUUCCAACGAUUUUAGAAAGGCCUCUGCAGAAAAAUGAAUUUUCUGAGUUCAAAAAAGAAAAAAGUUAAGAAAAGACGAUUCGAAACAGUCGCAUUAAUGAUCUUUUCAUAUGGGAAGUAAUCCUGGGAAAAACUUCUAGUGGCCACUAUAGAGGCUUGCCAAGGACUACUUGAGAGGACACUAAAAUGGCCACUAAACCCCCCUCUAUAGUGACCACUGAUUUCCGUUUUAGUGGCCACUUCAGUAGUUUUUCAUCCAAUAUUACUUCCAGUAAUUUUGAUAAUUAAAAAAAACCAGAUUGGACCAGUUAUGUUGAUCCAUUGACCCCUAAAGUGGCCACUAAAAAAUCUAGCAGUAGCACUUAGACCUCUAUAGUGACCACUGAUUUUUAUCCUCUUAAGAGGCCACUUAUUUGACUACUAUAGUGGCCAUUUUAAAUUAAACGUCGAAACCCGAUAGUGACCACUAAAAAUUUUCCCAGAUCUGUCAAGAAAAAAAUUGGAAAAAUCACUUGUAAAAAAGUUUUUAGUCGAGCUCACUUAAAAUCUACAAAUUUUUACUUAUAUAGGCGAUUUCUUAAAGUUUUUUGUCUUUUUAAGAUUUUUCACUGUCUUGUUGAUAGCUGCAGAAAAACCAGCCUGCAAUAUAUUUCCCACCAUUUUUGGUUCUAUUUUGAGAAACUUUCCAAGACGGCCCCGUUAUCAAUUCCGAUACAGUCGGCCAAUGACGGAAUCGUUCGUUGAACUUGCCCAUUUUCUUCCCAUUGAACCUUCAACUUUUUCGUUUCCGUCUGGGCACGACCUGGAACGAACUGGUUCGAGUAGAGUUUUGCAGAGAAUUUACAUUUCAUUCCUUGAGUUAUCCUCAAAAAAGAGCUUUUCUGUGGAAAAUGGAGGUCGAUAAAUGUUUUCAAAUAAAACAUCCUUUAUUAAUAGACAAUCACAAAGAGAAACGAAACGAAGCGGAAGUCGGGAUUUUUUCGAUGGAUCUUGGCAAUUUUAGGCUCUUUCAUAAAAAUUGAAAAACAAGCCAAUUUUCGAAGUUUUUUCAAUACAAGAAAAGUAAAAUUGUGCUGUGAUCUAUUUAUUUUCCUUUGAAAAAAAGUUAAACGAACAGGAAUUUUUGCAAAAAGAAGUGCUUCUUUUUAAGGAAGAUGUUUAAGAAAAAAAGAAGAGUUUUAAAGAAGGGGGUUAAAUGGAAAUGAUUGAAAAAAAUAAUGAAAAAUUUUGGACAUCACUGAACGCCAAUCAUCACUGUAACGAAACGAGUUGGCUAUAAAGACGUGAUAAUCUUUUCUAUUUGUGAUAAUUUUUGGUUAAAUUUUUGAAAAAUGUCUUUGAAUUAUGUCUCAAGACAGUUUUUGAACCAAUUUUUACAAGAUACAUCCGAAAGUGUUUUAAAAAAACUAAAAAAAUGAAGCUUUUCCUAAAAAAAUUCGGAUUCAAAACUGUUCGAAAUAAAACUUAAACUUACUUUCAUUUUUCGAAAUAAAAUCACGUCAUCGGACUUUUUCGAGACUGAAGACUGUUCCGAGAAGUUGAGCGAAUCUUGAUUAAUUAGUCAAUUUUGAAUAACCUAUCAAAAUUAAAGACCGGAAAAAAAGUUAUAAGCAAUUAUAAAAAAUCGUCUUAAUCUUCUCCUAAAAGUUUGGGUUGAAAUCUGCUUGAAACAAAACUCACCCCUAAUUUUCUUUUUCCGAAAUAAAAUCACAUCAUCGGUCUUUUCCAAGACUAAAGACUGUUCCGGGAAGUUGAGCGAAUCGUCACUUGUUCCUUCCGAUACCACUUUUUUGCCGAGAAGCACGCGGACUGUUUGGCCAACUUGAGUGUGAUUCAACGAACCGUUUAUUUUCCAUUUGGACCGAAAAAUGACAAAUUGUGGGAGGCUAAGGAUUGCAGCGGAAAUGGGAGAUUAUUUGUGGGUUGAAGAUUUCAUCUCCUUGAAAUGCGAAAGCCCCUUGAGUGGUAACUUGGAUUUACCUCUGUGUUUCGUCCCUUAAGGGACUGCUUCAUCGUCUUUUUUCGUGUCAAUAUCCUCAAAGGGUCACUUGGAUUUUCCUUCAAUGAGUUUUCACUCGGAUCACGCCUCUUAAGGGACUAUUUCAUCGUCUUUGUUAAUUCUGAUACCCUUAAGGGGUCACUUGGAUUUUCCUUCAAUGAGUUAUCACUCGAAUCCCGUCACUUACGGGACUACUUCAUUGCCUUUUUUCAUACUAAUAUCUUUAAGGGACCACUUAGACUAUAUAAAAGUGCGAGAACCUCUUUCUACAAGUUCUUGCUCAGGAAGACCAGAGUGGCCACUGUAGGGGUUACGGAAAACAGUCCCUAUAGGGUAGUAGGUCUUCCAAGUGAACUAAAAUCAAGUUGAUCUCUAUAGGAGUUUAAAAUCUGUUUCCUAGAUUCCAGAGCUUAAAUGAUCCCUUCAGUGGUCUUCCAAUCUAUCACCCCUUGAGGGAUCAUUAGGGGGAUCCCUGGAGGGGUGACAGCAAAAGCUGCUAAUGUUGCCCCUUUAGAGACCACUCUGGCGUCCCUAAGUAGAUCUUCCUAGAGAACAAAAAUCGAGUUGAUCCCUAUAGAAGUUUAAAGUCUGUAUCCUAGAUCCCUAAGGCUUAAGUGGUCCCUAUAGUGGUCUCCCAAUCUUUCACCCCUCAAGGGAUCAUUAGACAGCAAAAGCUGCUGAUGUGGCCCCUCCAGUGAUCACUCUGGCGUUCCUGAGCAGAUCUGAUUGACUCGAAAGGCAUCAUAUUUUGAGAUUUUUACAUUUUCACUUUUUCAUUUUUUCAUUUUUCCGCGUUUACUUUUAGUCUCUAACAGAUUUUUGGAAAUAUUGUGCAUUUUCGAGAAAUGGACUGGGAGCGAAAUAGUGUGCAGAAACGAGAGAGUUUUACAGAAAAAAGUGAAUUUUUCAUGUCAAAAUUGAAAGCAAACUGUGUAUACUCAUUUCUGCAGUUUGGUCUUCUUCCAAAAAAAGAAACCUCAACAAAUUUGGCCAACUCGAAACGUAUUUACAGUUCAGAUAUCGGAUUUUUUCCUUUCUGUUCAUUGGUUUUAUAUUCCCCAGGUCCUGUGACUAUGUCAAUUUUGAUUGAUUCGAUUGUUUUUUUCACAUGGGAAUCGUGUGGCCUUAUUUACUCGAGACAAUUUUAGAAGGUUCUUGACGAAAAAAAAACUUUUUUUAAAGAUAAAGGCUUUUUGAAAUCGAACCAUUUUGCGUGGGAAACGUUCUGUUUUCAUGUUUUUCGAGGUGGUUUCAAUUGAAAAGGAGCUUAUUUUUGUUGAUUUUUUGAAACUUCCGCGUUUUUUUCUGAGGUUCAGGAUGUUUUAUUUGUCGAAUUCAACUCAGAAACUUGUUUUAAAUUAAGGAAUCGAAAUUAGAAUUGUUAUUUAAGCAGACUUUUUGUGGAGUUUUUGACAGUUUUCUCCAGGCUUACUUGGGUUUUGAAGCUUUAUUCUGCUUGUUUCAUCGAUUUGCGGAAAUCUCUAGAAUGCGAACAGUUUUGAGCAGCUUUCUUCAUUUAAAAACGGCUCCCGAGACAUUUUUAUCAUUUUUCCGAGUUUUUUUCAGUUUUUUUUGAGCCAGAAACAGAAAAAAAUUUGUUCCGUUGACAAUGAAUUUUCUACUGACCUACUUUUUUUGAUAUCCAUUUUCUCCAUUUAAACUUUUUUUCAGCUUAAAAAAAUUAAUUUUUGAGGGAAGUUUAUAAAGGAAACUUUUUCAACUUUUCGAAUAAGUUACUUUUUUUCCAAAGAAAUCACAGAAAUAAUUUAUUCACUCACUUUUCUGCUUCAAAGUAACUUGUUAAAGAAUUAGAAAAUUGACCUUCACUUGGGAGAAAAAUCGUUACACUUACAAUUUUUCAACGCGUUGCGGUCGCGCUGCGGCUCCUUGGAUUCCCAAUGCGCAAGUCGUUUUUUGGUCGGGCGCAAUUUUAUUGUAACCGUUACGCGUUGAGCCAUUCUAAAUGCGAUCAAAAAUUUCCUAUACGAGUUGAAUUUGGUUAAUUUAUCGCUGGUUAUGACGAUAUUUAGCGAUAUUUUUUUCUAAAAAUUUCUUUUUAAAAAAAUAAUUUUGAACGUUUUUAGAGUACUUUCUUAUCAAGAGGACAUUGAAUGGGCUAUAUUUUUUUCAUUUUUUUCGGCCUGAUUAGUUUUUUUAGUUUGACUAGCCAAAGUUCUGUCAUGAAAAAUUUCAAUUUUCGUCAUAAAUGCGCAAAAAAAUUAACUUUUUUUCAUCUUUUUUUCCUGUUGAUAGGCAAUUUUUCCACACAGAACUUUCAAUUAUGAUUUUUUUAAAUAGCUGUUUUUAGAGUACUAAAGCCUUUUUUUCUUAUUAUUAUAGUUAUAAUUAAUCAAAAAAACUCCCCCCCAUUAAUAGUAAAAUUCCUCUCUCCCGGUCAUGGCCGUAGAACCGUCACACUGUUUUCUUUUUUUCUUCUUGCUUGUUUAUUCUCUUCUUUUUUUCUUCUUUUUUUCUUCCAUCAUUCCGCGAGACUUUCUCAGGACACGCCUACUGAUUUUCCAGCCCCUUUAUAAGCAUUUUGAAGUGGUGUUCUUGGGGAAUGUUUGGAGAGGCUUUUGCGGUUCUUUCUUCUUCAGAGAAUUUAGGUUCUUUUGAGGAUUCUUAUGGUUUGCUAGUCAAUAAACGCGGCUUUACGUUUAAAAAAAGUAAACAUUCGAAAAACUUAUUUUCAGGGGCAUUUUUUUGGGAAAAAAAUUUGAUUUUUUUCGGAGUUAAAACCCUAUUUUUUUCGAAAAAUUUUUCAGUUUAUGGCUUUUUUUCAAACGUAAAAAAAGUUUUUUUGAAAAAAAGCUAAAAAAAUCAUUUUUUUAAUUUUUUUCGAAAUGAGACCGUUUCGCCCCUUUUUAAAUUUAAAAAUACAUUCAUGAAAUAAAUUAUUUGCAUUUUUUUCAACUUGAACAAAUCGCCCAACAGAAAAAUGUUUCUUUCGAUUUUUUUCAAUUUUUAAAUUUUUUUGAACGAUUCUCUGAAACUACACAUCACGAUUCGAUUUAUGACGUCAUAAUCGCGAAAAUUCUCUGAAUAGCUGAAAUUUCUGUUUCAAUGACCUUUCAUUAGUAUUGAAAUCCUUCAUUUCCGUUCAUUUCACUAAUAUCUUCAAAUUUCUCAUGCUUCGUUUAAUUCACACACUUUUCCUUACAGAACACCUCGAUUCAAUCAAAUCUGACACGUAUUUUCGACUGACUCGGAUCUUUUCGACUUCUAUUCCCCUACGAAUUCGACUAAACACACCUGAUGGGCAAAGUUGUGAAGAAGUUUGCGACGCGUGGCGACCGUCUCCUGGCCUACCUCGACCGGUUACUGUACUCGACCUGGCUGAACCACGUCCUCGACGGCAGUCGCCGGGGUAAACGUUCGUUUUAGGUCUUUUGAAGGAGUUUCUAGGGUUCUUGUGGGUUUCUGCUGAUAUUUUGGGGUUCCUCAGAUUUUUUGAAAAUUUCUUCAGGCUUACUAUUGUUUUUUUCAGUCAAUGGUUAGAGCUUUAGUGGUUAUUAAAAAGAAUUUUCAAGGUUUUAGUGGUUCCCCCAUUUUUUUGGGUUCUUAUAGUUUUUUUCACCGAUUUUUUUGAGGGGCCCUAGUGGUUUUUAAAACAAAACUUCGAGGUUCCUCUGAUUUUUUGAAGAAUUUUUCAAGUCAUCUAUGUUUUUUUCAUUUCAACAUUUAUGGCUUUUAGUGGUUCUUUACCAAACGAAAAAAAGGGUUCCUAUAGUUUUUUUACCCGAACUGGAAGGGUUCUUGUGUUUUUUUAACCCAAUUUUUUUGAGGCUCUUCUGAUUUUUUUAAAAAGGAUUUUCUUUGAGCUUUUUGUGGUUUAUUAAAGGAAUUCUCAGUUUUUUUCGUGGUUUGUAAAAGUAAUUUUUUUAAGGUUUUUAGGAGUUUUAAUGGAUUUUCUAGAGAUCUUGUGGAUUCAAUCGAAUUUUCGAAGUUUUUGUGGUUUUUUUCAACCAAGUUUUCAGGUUUUUGAGUUUGUAAUCGAAAUUUGAGAGUUUUUUCGAUUUUUAAAGUAGUUUCUGAGGUAUCCAUAGAUUUUUAACCAAACUUUUAGGUUUUUGCGGUUUUUUUAACCGAAGUUUCAAGGCUUUUUGAAGUUGAAAAAACAUCCUUUAGGAUUUUUUUAAGUGAAAAAGCGCUUUUUAUCAUUUAAUAUUGCUGGGAAAUAGUCAUAUUCUUAAUUUUUCCGAAUAUUUUCUACUUUUUUUCUAUGAUCGGGAUCGUCUCCGCACUUCCAAGAAUGAAGCUUUCAUUCUAAAUGUCAGAAAUUAAUGAAUGAAAUUUUUUGCCGGCAAUACAUGAUUAAUGUUUCACUUUGUUUUUUUAAAGGUUUUUUUGUGAACACAUAAAAAAAUAUUAGAUGUUUUUUUACUGAAAUAAUUCUGCUUAUUUUAAUAUAUCAAAGCUUCUUAAUUAAUUUUUAAUUAAUAAAAUUAAUGAAGGAAUAAAAAAAUGUUCAUUUUUCAUUAAUAUUGGGAAUUUCCAGGCUCUCCGUCUCACUGAGUCGCAGCUGCUGAACGAGCACCUGCUCAAGUCCAUUUUCCAAGACGACGAGUAA